AUGUUUCCCUUUAUUACUAUUUGAGGUCAAAUAACGAAGCCAUCUACUUAUAAUUUAGCAAUAUUGAUUUUCCUUAAUGAAUCGAGGAUAUCCAAAAGACUGAACAUGCAGAAGACCAAGAACAAGAGAAUGCAGCCUUGUGAUAGAUUGAAAACACUCCUAAAGAAAUACCUAAACCUAAAUGCUAUCUUCCUACACAAAGAAGAUCAAAACCAAAGAAAGCAAGAUGAAAUAUAUCAAGUAAAUUUAAAAGAGCUCUGAGUGGUACCAAAUUCAGAAUGCAAGUCGAUACCAUUGUUUAACUCUCCCAAUUCUUUCAAACAAGUGAGAAAACAAGUCCCCUGAAAUUGAGGUUUCUCUAUAAAAGCCAGAAAAUGGUGAGAACCUUCUUUAACCUAACUUUCCUACUGCCAAGGUGCUUCUAGUUGCUAGAAGUAGAGGAGAGCUGCUGACGAAUAUAGAGAGACGAAAUAAGAAGAGCGUUAUUUUCAAGAGAAGAAGUAGGGGAAGAAAGUUUGCCACAGAUUUAUGGUAAGCUUCUCCAAUGUGAAAAAGCUCUUGAUA